AUGUCGCUCGAGGAGAUCACCCAGCCCGGGCUCCCCAUCCACCGCUGCCUCCAGCUCCUCGGCGAGCACGACAACAUCGCCGUGCAGCACCGCCUCGUGCAGCGCCUCCAGGAGUACCCCGCCGCGGAGCUCGAGUUCUACAUCCCGCAGCUCGUCGACCUCGUCACGCGCGGCUCGCGCGCGCUCGAGACGUUCCUCCUCGCGCACGCCGUGGCGCACCCGCACUUCAGCGUGGUCACCUUCUGGCGGUGCCAGGCGAUCCUCCCCAACAUCGCGCCCGCGCUCCUCCCCGCGCUCCGCGCGUUCCUCACGCGCCUCCAGCACGUCCUCUUCACCGACAACGAGGCGAAGGAGACGCGGUACACGCUCCUGGCGGUGGCGGUGGCCGCGUACACCACUUGCGUCGCCCUACCAGGGGCCACCAUAGCGCCCAUCCUCGCGCAGGAGUUGGGCUCGACCCUCGCCGGCGCCGACACCGGCUACACGCGGCGCGAGACCACGUUCAUCAUGCAGCUCCAGAACAUCUCCCACCGGCUCGUGCAGUUGCCGAAGGAGGCGCGGCUGGCGGCGCUCCAGGCCGAGCUCGCGCUCCUCAACCAGCAGCUCCCCGGCGCGGGCGUGGACAUCCCGCAGCUCGUCGACCACAAGAUCGUGCGCCUUCCCGAGGCGGUGGUGUUGAGCCUGGCCGAGCGCGCGCCGUUUCUCUUGUUCCUCGAGUACCUCCGCGGCGACCCCGAGCUCGCGGACGAGGCCGACUUGGGCGAGCCCUUCCGCGCGCCGCCGCGCCCCGAGAGCACCGCGCAGGCCGCGCAGACGGUGGUGGCCGCGGCCAUGAUCGGGCAGCUCACGGACCCCGCGAUCCGGGAGCGGCUCGUGGCGUCGCUCCGGGCGGAGGCCGCGGAGGAGACGUACGCGGAGCGGCGCGCGCGCAUCCGCGCGCAGAGCCCGUGGGGGCGGUACCCCGGGUGGAGCUUGGCGUGCGUGAUCGUCAAGACCGCGGCGGAGAUAGUGGAGGAGGCGCGCGCGGCGCAGCUUGUGAGCAUGAUUGCGAGGGUGUACACGCGCGGGUGGGUGAAGGAGAUGCGGGUGGUGCCGAUCAGCGCGACGACGGCGCUCGUGGAGGUGAUUGCCGCGCUGAGCAUCCACGCGGUGAAGCGCGCGACGAGCCUCAAGGCGUACGUGCGCAACGUGGAGAACUUUGCGGUGUCGUUGGCGAGCUACUCGAUCUUGUGCUACGUGAUGCAGGUGAAGGACCGGCACAAUGGGAAUAUUAUGGUGGACGGGGAGGGGCAUGUGGUGCAUAUUGAUUUUGGGUUUGUGCUCGGGCGCGCGCCGGGGCCGUUCGAGGCGGCGCCGUUUAAGUUGACGGGGGAGUACGUGGAGAUUUUGGGGGAGAAGUACGGGUUGUUUGUGGAGACGUGUAAGGUUUGUUUUAGGGAUUUGCGGAGGGGGUGGGAAAGGUUGGCGCCGUUUAUGGAUGUGCGGAGGUUGCACUUGGAGUUGGAUGAGGGGGAGGCGGAGGUGUUUGUGGAGCGGUUGAUUGCGCAGAGCCGGGAGAGCUUGUCGACGAGGAUAUAUGAUAGGUAUCAGUUGGUGACGCAGGGGAUACUCCCGUAA